AGAAGAAGAUUUUUUUAGCAUACUAUCCCGAAUGCCACUUGUUCUUAUAAACACUUAAUAAUCGCUUCUGCUUCUUCUCAUAGUUGAACACAGUCCAAGAAAAUGAAGAUUUCCCUACUUCCCUUCGCCCUUUUCGUCUUAUCGCUCGCCAUUAAUGUUUCUUAUGCCAAACAAAUCAAACCCAUCAAUGAUUUCACUCCGAUUCAUCAAUUUCUCCACCAAACCCAACAAUGGCUGACAACCCAUCUCCCGAGUUCGACUCCCAUUACAGUUGCUGGUGUGCUCUGUUUCGUAGCCGCUUCUAUAUCCAGCGCUGGUGGGAUUGGCGGCGGCGGGCUUUAUAUUCCGAUUUUAACCAUUGUGGCUGGUUUUGACCUAAAAACAGCCUCGAGUUUCUCGGCUUUUAUGGUCACUGGUGGGUCGAUUGCGAAUGUAUUGAACAAUUUCUGCUCCAAAUCAGGGGGGAAGUGUUUGAUUGAUUUUGAUAUUGCGCUCUUGACUGAACCUUGCAUGUUGUUAGGCGUUAGUAUUGGGGUUAUAUGUAACCUUGCGUUUCCUGAAUGGGUUACUACUGUUCUAUUUGCCAUUUUUCUUGUUUGGUCGACCUUUAAAACUUGUGUAAGUGGGAUGGUGUAUUGGAGAAUGGAGACAGAGGUGCUGAGGAAUAAUGGGUGUAAAUUGGAAGAUGGAUUAGGGAAUGAAAAUGAAGGCAAAUUUCUUGAAGAGCCUCUGUUGAAUACACAAGAAAAAUGCAGAUUCAGACUCCCUUUAAUGAAGUUGGGAGCCUUGAUUCUUGUUUGGUCUUCUUUCUAUCUUAUCUAUCUUCUUCGUGGCAACCGCGAUGGACAGGGUCUUAUACCGAUCGAAACGUGCGGAACGGGUUACUGGAUUAUCUCUUCGCUCCAAGUUCCGGUAGCCAUAGCUUUCACUCUCUGGAUUCUGUACAAACAGAAGGCUCCUGAACCUGAAGAUUCCCCCCAGAAGGAGUUGGAAGAAGCACGGCCUGCAGUUGAACCAUCCAAGAAACUGAUCUUCCCUGUAAUGGCACUCUUAGCUGGGAUUUUGGGCGGCAUGUUUGGAAUUGGCGGUGGCAUGCUUAUAAGUCCUUUCCUUCUUCAAUUUGGAAUAGCUCCUGAGGUAACAGCUGCAACUUGCUCGUUCAUGGUGUUCUUCACGGCUACAAUGUCAGCUUGCCAGUAUUUGCUGCUGGGAAUGGAGCAUACUGAAAUCGCAGUCAUUUACGCCAUCGUCUGCUUCAUCGCUUCCGUGAUCGGAUUGGUAGUGGUUCAGAAGGCGAUUCGUGAGUAUGGAAGGGCGUCUCUCAUCAUCUUCUCAGUUAGUUCAGUGAUGGCUUUGAGUACUGUCACUAUGACCACAUUUGGUGGGCUUAAUGUUUUGAGAGACUACACUGCUGGAAACAACAUGGGAUUUAGAUCACCUUGUUAAAACACUUCUUUUUUAAUGAUGCUGUUUUCUUCUCAGUUUUAA